AUGGAGAUGGAGAUGGCUCGGCACUACUGUGCCAUCAAUGCCACUGUGCCAGUACUGCAGCGGUACUUUGGAGGGGAGGACACUCGGCCAGACUUCAGGCUGGGCAGAGAGGCCAUACAGCAGCUGACGGUGGCCCUGAAGACUGACCGGCAACACGGAUGGGGCACGACCCUGGAGACACUCGUGUUCCUGUUCUGGCUGGCAACCGGUUCAGCCUACAGAGUUGUCUCCAGGGUCUUUAGCAUGCCUCUUCCCACAGUGCACAGAGUUGUCCACAAGAUGGUGGAUGAGGUGGUGGCUGUGCUCCCCCAAUUUGUGCACUUCCCUCCCACACAGGAGGAGCUCCAAGUGGUUGGGGAUGGUUUUGCUCGCUUGGCUAAUCACCAAGCAUUUGGCAAGACAGCAGGGGCAGUAGACGGCUGCCACAUAAGAAUAAAAUGUCCCGGCGGCCCUGAUGGUCACGAUUACAAAAACAGAAAGCUCUUCCCUUCAGUGGUGCUCCAGGCAGUCUGUGACCAUCAGGGUCGCUUUAUUGACAUCUUUGUGGGUUACCCAGGAAGUGUGCAUGAUGCACGUAUCCUCAAGAACAGCCCCAUCUACACUAGGGGGACUUACCCUCCGCCUGGGUAUUUUCUCCUAGCUGACGGUGGCUACCCAUGUCUACAGGAACCCCUGGCCCUUAUCACACCAUGUAAGAGGCCAGUGAGAGGCAUGGCAGAGCAAAGGUUCAACUACCAUCAUUCCAAAGGUCGCACAAUCAUUGAGCGUGCAUUUGGAAUGAUGAAAACCCGCUUCAGGUGCAUCUUUUUAGAAGCACUUGAAGUACAUACACUGUUUGUCCCUAAGGUGGUGACGGCGUGUGUAAUUUUGCACAACAUUUGUGUUGGUGUCGGGGAUGUGCUGGAAGAGGUUGUUGAGGAGGAGGACAACCAGCCACCUGGGGAGCUUGAUGGUGGAGAAACCCGGAGUGGAGCUGUUUGGCGGGCUGCGCUGACCAAUGAGGUGUCUGCACUCCACGAGGCACCUCUUGACCAUGACUAUUUUUGCCAGGUGAAUAAUUAA